AUGGCUCCAACCAAGAACCAAAACCCCGGCAACUUCGCCAAUAGGCCCCAUGAUGAAGUAGAAGGAAUAGCUCGCAAGGGCGGUCAACACAGUCACUCGGGUGGCUUUGCUCACAUGGACCCAGACAAACAGAGAGAAAUCGCUUCAGAAGGUGGAAGAGCCUCUAGCGGAAAGUUCACGCCUGGCAGUCAGAAAGCGAGAGAGGCGGGAGCCAAGGGAGGGGCUUCGGGGAGAAGUCAUUACGAGGAGUAA